GCCCUGCAGGACCAGGCAGUCUGCAUUCUGAGGUUAAACGAUUCGAUGACAACGUCUGAUUUGAAGAUGCUUCUCUCUUCUCUGAUCGUCUCUCCCAGGUUCAUCCUGGAGCUCUGCAUUAGCACCAUAAACUGCAUUUUUUCGAGCGUAUUUUCAAAAGUUUGCUCCUGGUCCAAAGGAGCCUGCAGGGCAACAAAGUCACUCGUUUCCGACGCGAACAGCCAGUCGGAGCAACGCACAGACGAGAAUGUGACGACCCCAACCAGCGUCAACUAUCAUUUUACUCGCAAAUGCAAUUAUAAAUGCGGAUUUUGUUUUCAUACCGCAAAAACGUCCUUCGUUCUUCCUUUGGAGGAAGCCAAGAGAGGGCUCAAACUUCUUAAAGAAGCAGGCAUGGAAAAGAUCAACUUUUCUGGAGGGGAGCCGUUUUUGCACGAAAAGGGAGAUUUCCUGGGAAAAAUGGUUCAGUACUGCAAAAUUGACCUGCAGCUUCCCAGUGUCAGCAUUGUCAGCAAUGGAAGCAUGAUCAAAGAAACGUGGUUCCAGAAAUAUGGAGACUUUUUGGACAUCCUGGCUAUCUCUUGUGACAGUUUUGAUGAAGAAACCAACCAGACGAUUGGCAGAUCUCAGGGCAGAAAAAGUCACAUUGAGAACCUCUACAAGAUUUGCAGCUGGUGCCAGCAAUAUAAAGUGGCCUUCAAAAUCAAUUCCGUUAUCAACAGCUUCAAUGUUCAUGAAGACCUAACCGAACAGAUCAACCAGCUCAAUCCUGUGCGCUGGAAGGUUUUCCAGUGUCUGCUGAUUGAUGGAGAGAAUGCUGGAGAGACAGCCCUGAGAGAGGCUGAGAAGUUUGUCAUCAGUGACCUGCAGUUUCAGGAGUUUCUGGACAGGCACAGUGCCGUCUCCUGUCUUGUUCCAGAGUCUAACGAGAAGAUGAGGAACUCUUACCUGAUCCUGGAUGAGUAUAUGCGUUUCCUGGACUGUCGAGAGGGAAGAAAGGACCCAUCCAGAUCCAUCCUUGAUGUUGGCGUGAAGGACGCCAUCAGCUUCAGUGGCUUUGAUGAGAAGAUGUUUCUGAAGAGAGGAGGGAAAUAUGUGUGGAGCAAAGCUGAUAUGAAGCUGGAGUGGUGAAAUUCUGUGCUGACAAUUAUUUCUAUGUAAGCUUUUUUCUGUUUGCUUUUUUUGACUUUGCUGAUUGUGACUUUUAAAAGUGUUACAAUGUUCAAAUAUGAUUAUUGUAAUUAUUUUAGUGUUAAAAUAAGCUUUGUAUAUAUUGCAAUUUUAUUUUAUUGUAUAUUAUAAAGUUUUUACCAAAAUACAAAUUUUAUUUUUUCCAACUGGAUCCCAUCAUUCUGCUUUUUCUAUGACAUUUAAGAAUAUUGUUCUGUAUUAUUCUAGAUUUUAUUAUUAUGUUUACUAUCUAGGGUCCCAACUUUAGCGAUUUUAUAAAAUUCAUUUCUUUUAUCCUUCUCCAUAUACAAUAUACAUAUAAAUCCAGUGUUUCCUACCUAAUCUGCACAAUUGAGUUUCACAGUUUCUCAUUCUUUAUAAUUUAUUGAUUUCUCUCCCUUUUAAGUCCUCAUUUUUUUAUUACCAAUAAUUAUUGGUUUUAUCUGUUUGUGUGGUUUAAUGUCUGUCUUUCUGUUUUUAACUUCUAAAAAGAACUUUGUAUUACACUUUACCAUGCAAGUGUUCUGUAAAUAUAGGUUGAUUGAUGAA